AGUGAUGAGAGCUUCCAAUGCAACCCAAAGUGAGUUUCAGAUUGUUGUUCCUUCUCCUGGGUCAGACGAUCUCACUGAAAAACAGCCUGAAUCAGAGGCUCCCUGGUAUUAAUGACAUCCAGACAAGACCCUCAAACUCCAUUCUGGGCCCAGACAUCACCUCCUGCACGCACCCCAUUCUCCAUUUCUUCCUGUGCAGCUGAGGCACCUUAAGAGUCAAUAUGUGUCCUGAAAAAUUGAUGAAGCAAUGCACUUACUAAAGCUUUUAUUUUGACAUAAAUUCCUGUACAGUACAAUACUUAGGAAUGUAUGUAGAUUACAAACCUCAAAUAGUGACAGCAGGGUUACCUGCUGUCAUAAAAUAUUGUUCUAUUGCAGGAGGUAUUGAUCUCAAAGAUACCUAUCCCAGUGGACUCCAGACGACUAUUGACUCUGUCCCCUUUUAUAAGAUGCCAAAGAGAAUUUACAGCCUUGAUCUUGGUGGCAUAUCAACUAUUAUUGUGAAUGGGUAUGAUGCAAUCAAAGAAUGUCUUGUUCGGCAGAGUGAUAUUUUUGCGGACAGACCAUCGCUACCUCUCUUCAAAAAGCUGACAAACAUGGGAGGGCUGUUGAACUCCAAAUAUGGUCGUGGUUGGACUGAUCAUCGUAAGAUUGCUGUCAACUGCUUUCGCUGUUUUGGACCAGGUCAAAAGGACUUUGAAAGCAAAAUUUCUGAGGAAUGUAUGUUUUUUUUAGAUGCUAUUGACACAUACAAAGGAAAGCCUUUUGAUGCCAAGUGGCUUGUAACUAAUGCAGUUUCCAACAUCACAAACCUAAUCAUUUUUGGAGAGCGUUUCACAUAUGAUGAUAAAGAGUAUCAGCACAUGAUUGAGAUAUUUAGUGAAAAUAUCGAACUGGCAGCCAGUGUAUGGGCAUUUUUAUUUAAUGCUUUCCCUUGGAUUGGGAUCCUGCCUUUUGGAAAACAUAAGCGUUUAUUUAAAAAUGCAGCAGAGGUGUAUGACUUUCUACAAAAGAUUAUACAGCGGUUUUCACAAAACAGAACCUCACAGAAACCCCGGCAUCUGAUUGAUUCAUAUUUGGAUGAACUGGAAAAUAACAUGAAUGAUCCUGAAUCUUCCCUAUCAACAGAAAACUUAAUUUUUACAGUUGGUGAACUUAUUAUAGCUGGAACUGAGACUACAACUAAUGCACUUAGAUGGGCCAUCUUGUACAUGGCACUGUAUCCAAAUAUUCAGGAAAAGGUACAUCAAGAAAUUGACAGUAUAAUGGGAAAAAAUCAAAUACCUUCUCUGGAACACAAGCCACAGAUGCCAUACACAGAGGCAGUUCUUCAUGAAGUUCUUCGAUUUUGCAACAUUGCUCCACUUGGUAUUUUUCGUGCAACUGCCAAGAACACCAUAGUUCGAGGUUAUUCCAUUCCAAAGGGAACCACAGUUAUAACAAAUCUUUACUCUGUACAUUUUGAUGAGAAAUAUUGGAGCACUCCUCAUGUAUUUUGCCCCGAGAGAUUUCUGGAUAGCAACAAACAAUUUGUGAAGAAGGAAGCAUUUGUUCCGUUUUCUAUUGGACGAAGGAAUUGUCUUGGAGAAAAGCUUGCAAGAAUGGAGCUAUUUCUGUUUUUUACCAUGUUAUUACAAAGAUUUCAUCUUCAUUUUCCACCAGGAACAAUUCCAAAUCUGAAACCUAAAAUGGGAAUGACAUUACAGCCUUAUCCAUAUCUUAUCUCAGUUGAAAGACGCUAAAAUAAAGGGAAU